AUGGAUUUGGUGGAUAUACAUGCUGUAGGAUUUAAUUGGUCUGCAAUGGACUUGGGGAGUGUAUAUGCUGUUGAAUUAAAUUGGUCUGCAAUGGAUUUGGUGGAUGAAUAUGCUGUUGGAUUAAACUGGUCUGGAAUGUAUUUGGUGGAUGUAUAUGCCGUUGGAUUAAAUUGGUCUGCAAUGGAUUUGGUAGAUGUAUAUACUGUUGGAUUAAAUUGGUCUGCAAUGGAUUUGGUAGAUAUAGCUGCUGUUGGAUUAAAUUGGUUUGCAAUGGAUUUGGUGGCUGUAUAUGCUGUUGGAUUAAAUUGGUUUGCAAUGGAUUUGAUGGAUGUAUAUGCUGUUGGAUUAUAUUGGUCUACAAUGGAUUUGGUAGAUGUAUAUGCUGUUGGAUUAAUUUGGUUUGCAAUGGAUUUGGUGGGUGUAUAUUCUGUUGGAUUAAAUUGGUGUGCAAUGGAUUUUGUGAGUGUAUAUGCUGUUGAAUUAAAUUGGUCUGAAAUGGAUUUGGUGGAUGUAUAUGCUGUUGGAUUAAAUUGGGCUGGAAUGGAUUUGGUGGAUGUAUAUGCUGUUGGAUUAAACUGGUCUGCAAUGGAUUUGCUGGGUGCAUACACUGUUAAAUUAAAUUAA